AGAGGGACUCCCUGCCCAGAUGCCACGGCCUCGGUCUCUGCACGCCGGUGGCAUUCGCGUUGACCGCGGAGGCACCCAGCGGAUGCCAGAGGGUGUCCGCGCACCGGCGUGGGCUCAGCCCGAAGUUUGGACGCUCGGAGACCCAGCUGGAGCUCUAGGCGGUGUUGCCCACCCUCCUCUCCCCCUCCUUCGGCCAGUCACCCGACUGUGGACUUUGGUCUCUCCCCACCAGGCCAGGGCGGCUGAUGGUUGUGGCGGAAACAUCUCAAGGUAGCCGGUCCGCCCCCUCCUCCCCAUCCAUCUCCUGUCCUCCCCCCCACACCACCACCACCCUGGCUCCUCUCCCUCAUGACCGCCUGGGUCCUCCUGCCUGUCAGCCUGUCAGCAUUCUCCAUCACUGGCAUAUGGACUGUGUAUGCCAUGGCUGUGAUGAACCACCAUGUGUGCCCUGUGGAGAACUGGUUCUACAACGAGUCCUGCUCUCCUGACCCUGCUGAGCAAGGGGGCCCCAAGACUUGCUGCACCCUGGACGACGUCCCCCUCAUCAGCAAGUGUGGUUCCUAUCCCCCCGAGAGCUGCCUCUUCAGCCUCAUUGGCAACGUGGGUGCUUUCAUGGUGGCCCUGAUCUGCCUCCUGCGCUAUGGGCAGCUCCUGGAGCAGAGUCGGCACUCCUGGGUCAGCACCACAGCGCUCAUCACAGGCUGCACCAACGCUGCGGGCCUCGUGGUGGUCGGCAACUUCCAGGUGGAUCACGCCAAGUCUCUGCACUACGUGGGCGCUGGCGUGGCCUUCCCGGCAGGGCUGCUCUUCGUCUGCCUGCACUGUGCCCUCUCCUACCAUGGGGCCACUACGCCCCUGGACCUGGCCGUGGCCUACCUGCGAAGCGUGCUGGCUGUCAUCGCCUUCGUCGCCUUGGUCCUCAGCGGAGUCUUCUUUGUCCAUGAGAGUUCACAGCUGCAACACGGAGCAGCUCUGUGCGAGUGGGUGUUUGUUAUUGACAUCCUCAUCUUCUAUGGCACCUUCAGCUAUGAGUUUGGGGCCAUCUCCGCAGACACGCUGGUGGCGGCACUGCAGCCUCCCCCCAGCCGGGCCUGCAAGUCCUCUGGGAGCAGCAGCACCUCCACGCACCUCAACUGUGCCCCCGAGAGUGUCGCCAUGAUCUGAGGGCUGGGAGGGUGGCUGGCCCAGCCUCCACAGCACCCACCCCGGUUCUCCUUUGCGUUUUGUUUUGUACCAAAAACGAUUCUGAGAGAGUAUUCUGUCGGGGUCUGGGCUUCCUCACUCCCAGAGACGUGGCCGUCCCGUGACCACCUGUGCCAUAGAGGAGCGGGCCCUGCCAGCUGCCACGGCUGCACAGCCUGCUCCCCACCCCACGCUGUUUUGUGUUCAGAGGCCACCUGUCCCUACUCGCCCAGCCAGCCCUUCAGGUGCCUUCUACUCCCAGUGCCAGAGCUAGACCACUGGGGUUUCCUGCUACAGGAAUUGGGGGGCUGGGAACAGCAGAGGGGACAGACGUUGUGGGGGAAGGGGAGUGAGCAUGCCUUAGUCUACAGGAAGGCCCACUUCGGCCCACUGAGCUGCACUGGGAUUCUUCACUCUGCCCUCACUUCCUUUAGGGCAAAUAACACAGCAAAACCACGUGGGUAUUUUAGUAAUUUUUUUUUAUAUCUAUUAAAAGAAUUCUAAUUUGCA